CCAUUACACCCUGCAUCACAAUAUAAAUAAAGGGGAAUUCGCCAAAUAAAAGUACUUAGAAAAGCUAAAAAUUGAAAAAAAUUAAAUACAAUGACUACCGACGAAAAUAUUAUGGAAGAAAUGUUAGAACGAGCGACCAAUCCUAGUCGGGGAACGGUAGACGAGCUAAGUUGGCAAAUGUUUUGUAUGGUGGUACGAAGUAACCCAAAACUUGUAGACAGAGCCCAGGAAAUGAUUAUGCAGAAAAUCCGAUCCAAUAACAUCACCGAAUCGACAAGAUCCAUCGACUUGCUUGAGGAAUGCAUGACCACUUGUGGACCAGAAUUUCAGGAUGAAGCCUCUAAAUUUCGAUUUCUCAAUCAACUCAUACGUCUGGUUUCAAAGAAACACCAAGGGCCAGAUACACCGGCACCAAUCAAGAAACGUAUUAUGGAGUGCCUGCUGCUGUGGACAACAGAGUUUCCUCAAAGAACAAAGAUACGAGACGUGUACGAAAUGCUAUGUAAGGAGGGUGGAGUAGACCAUGGAACUACACCAGCUAUUGAAGCAAAGCGCGCCAGUGUACUCGGUAUUGACGAAGAAGUGCUGGCGAAGCUCAUCAAGAGUAAUGAUCCAGAAAAUUUUAAACGUGCGAAUUUGUUAAUUCAAAAUCGCGUAAAGCAGGAUGCGCGACGCAUGGACUUGAUGAUAGAGCAUAAAAAUAUCUUACAGGAAGUCACAACCACUGUUAGUGUAUUGGACCAAAUGCUUAAUAUAUAUGAAAGUGAAGGAAAGAAAUCUGAUGCCGAAAGUGACACCAUGUGUUUAAUGCGUGAAUUAUACCAAGCCUGCAAAAAACAUAAAUCGAUUAUGGAGCGAUUGCCAGCGCUGAUGGGGAAUUUGGAUGAAACUUUAAUAGCCGAAACAGUGGAAAAGAAUGAUUCUUUACAAGCUGUCAUAAAGCGAUACAAAAACUUGGUUGGUUCGCCAACAAAGAAACCAACUACAAAUGAUAUAUCUGAACCCAGCCCUAAAAGUGCUGCUGUGGAGCCUAUACGAAAUAGUAAUGCAGACCUACUAUCGGAUUUACUUGGUAACGAAUCAAAUAUAACGCCGACCACGGAGUCGGCUAAUGCUGCGUCGUCCAUUGAUGAAGUGGAGUUACUGGGUGCAACUGCUAAUUUGCCUACCAGUAAAGUAGAAGGAACCAGUUUGAGUCCACUCGAAGAAUUGCAAUCGUUAUUUGAUGCCGGGGCUACAGGAAAUACUGGCGCGCCAAUUACAGCUAAAAAUAUGACUGACGUUUAUAGUUUGAAUAUUUUAGAACCAAUAAAUGUGUUUUCCACAUCUACCGCGGCUACUAGUACGGUUUGGUCAAAUGCAAUGGGUAAGGAGGAAAAUUCAACAGAGAAAGGAGCCUAUCGAAAACUUCCUGCAAUAGACAAAUUAAGUGAGGACCUUUUGAAAGCAUCGUUGCAAGAUGUAGAACGAGCGUAUAGUUUCAAAAAGGGUUCGGAGAAACUAACGUUAAAUAAUUUAGCAAAAGAAAAAACAGUACCGACACCCCCUUUCGCUUCACCAUCGAAGACUGUGCCAAAAAUGAGUGAACACCAAGUUCAUCAGGAAAUGGAUGACGAAAAUAUGCUUAACGAGAGCUCUCAUAAAAAUGCUUAUGAUUUGGAAGUCUCCACAAAAAGUGACGACACCGGGAGCUCUCAAAAAAAUGCUUGCGAUUUGGAAGUCUCAACAAAAAGUGAAGACACUGACGCUGUGGUUGAAAAUGACCAAGUUGUGGAAGAAAAUCCGCCAAUAAGGCAUUUAGCUGAUAUUGAGAUCGAUCUGGAUGAAGUAGAUCCAGCACCUGGAGACCCGCUAUUGCUAGGCAACGAUGAUAUACAACUAAUGUUGAACUUCACCAAGAAUCGCCCUAGUAAGCAAGUAUCGGUGAUUGUAAUCUCCGCAAUGAACAAAAGCAAAUUGCCAGUACAUGAUUUCCAAUUUGAGGCCAGUGUGCGCAAGCCUUGCAAAUUGCGCCUGUUGCAGCCAACAGCAAUAACGAUGCUACCAUGUAAGCCUUUUCGCCCAGCAGCUCCAAUCAAUCAAGUAAUGCUAUUGCUCAAUCCUACUGGCCAGCCAAUCGACGUUACUUGCAUUUUCGGAUAUAAACUGGGUGAUGACCCUGAUCCUAUAAAGGAAUCCAAUGUAGCAAAAGACAUUCCAUAUGUUGAAUAAAUUGGCUGAACUGAU